AUGGUCAGAUUAAAUGUUGGAGGCAAGCCAGUUACAUUUUUAGUGGAUACCGGAGCUACCCGAUCGGUUUUAACCCAACCCUUAGCUCAGGCAUCCCGUGAAACUAUUAAUAUUCAGGGAGCAACAGGGACAACUUUACAACGUCCCUUUCUGGAGCCCCUUGAAUGCACCCUAAAAGGACAGGCUAUAACACACCAGUUUGUCUAUAUGCCUGACUGCCCUGUCCCAUUGUUAGGGAGGGACAUGCUCUGCAAAAUGAGGGCACAAUUAUCCUUUAAUGAGGACGGUUCCAUGAACCUGGGGUACGGAAAAGUAACCCUGUCUGUACCUUUGGAAGAGUCUUGGCGGCUUAUGGUGGCUAGGGAGUUUGGGUGUGCUGACAAGGAUGCCUGGAGGCAGUUUAAAGUUCCCUAUUUGUGGGCGGAAGAUAACCCCCCUGGUUUUGCAGCACACCAUCCACCCAUUCUAAUUGAGGAAAUGCCACUGAAAGUGCCUGUGAGAAUCAGACAGAGGGCAUAUCCUCACCACAUCAUGCAAGCUAUCCAGGAUAUUAUUGAUUUAUAUUUAGAACAUCACAUCCUGGUACCCACUGAGUCACCCUGGAACACCCCCAUAUUACCAAUUCCAAAGGGGGACAGUCGUUUUCGCCCUGUUCAGGAUUUGAGGCCUGUAAACCUAGCCACUGUAACAAUCCAUCCAGUGGUUCCCAACCCCUAUGUCAUAUUGGGACUCAUCCCUCGGGAGGCCCAGUGGUUUUCUGUUAUAGACUUGAAGGACGCUUUCUUCACCAUCCCCAUACAUGAGAAAAGCCAGCAUUUAUUUGCUUUUGAGUGGGAAAACCCUAACACUGGUAGGAAGCAGCAAUAUACCUGGACCAGGCUGCCUCAAGGAUUUAAAAAUUCACCUACACUUUUCGGUGCAGCUCUGGCCAGGGAUCUGGAGGCUUUACACCUACCAGCCCCAGAUGUGGUCUUACAAUAUGUGGAUGAUUUGUUAGUAACAGGAUACACCAAGGACGCUUGUUGGCAAAAUACAGCUGAUUUACUUUCACUCUUGCAAGAUUUAGGUUAUAAGGCCUCUAAAAAGAAAGCACAGUUGGUUCAGCAAAAGGUCAGGUAUCUGGGUUAUGACAUUGAGCAAGGGAAGAGGACAUUGGGCCAUGAGCGGAAGGAGGUCAUAUGUCAACUUCAUGUUCCAACUAACAGGAGAGAAUUACGAGGGUUUCUGGGCGCAGUUGGUUUCUGCCGCAUCUGGAUUCCCAACUUUAGCCUAAUUGCAAAACCUCUCUAUGAAGCUACGAAAGGGGCAGAAAGUGACCCACUCUCUUGGAGCAAAGAGGAAGAAGCUAGUUUUCAAUCCCUUAAACAAGCCCUCCUUCAAGCUCCCAGUUUAGGUCUCCCGGAUUUGGAAAAACCGUUUCAGCUGUUUGUUGACACUAAGCGAAAUGUCGCAGUAGGCGUCCUCACCCAGAUAAUGGGGACAUGGCACCGGCCGGUAGCAUAUCUUUCCAAACAACUAGAUAAUGUAGCCAAGGGGUGGCCAACUUGCCUUAAAGCAGUGGCUGGUACAGCAAUCUUGACUCAGGAGGCAAAUAAGCUAACCUUUGGUCAACAAUGCAUAUAUAUAUACACACCGCAUGCCCUUAAGUCAGUUCUAGAGAUGAAAGGCCACUUGUGGUUAACUAAUCCCCGGAUGCUUAAAUACCAAGGCCUUCUGACCCAUAACCCUAUGAUUACCCUCGCCCAGUCUACUACAUUAAACCCAGCCACAUUAUUACCUGAGCCUGAAACAACAGUAGAACACAAUUGUGUCCAGACUAUUGAAGAAACCUAUGCUAGUCGUCCUGACAUGAAGGAUGUACCCCUUCCUUCCCCAGAUUACACUCUGUUUACUGAUGGCACCAGCUACUUACAAGAGGGAGUGAGGAAAGCGGGAUAUGCGGUAGUCACACUGGAUGAAGUCUGGGAAGCAAAGCCACUCCCUCCCGGAACUAGUGCUCAAUUAGCCGAGUUACAUGCCCUCACUCGGGCUCUAGAGCUGGCACAGGGGCUGGCAGUAAAUAUAUACACGGAUUCUAAAUACGCUUUCCUCACAGUCCAGGUCCAUGGGGCUCUAUAUAAAGAGAGAGGACUAAUAACUGCAGGGGGAAAAGAAAUAAAGUACGGCCCCCAGAUAUUGCGCCUCCUAGACAGUGUGUGGGCUCCGAGUAAGGUAGCAGUCAUGCACUGUCGAGGCCACCAGAAGGUGGUAACAGAUGUACAAAGGGGGAAUGAGAGAGCAGACAAAGCAGCACGUGAAGCAGCCCUACUAGACUUCGUCCCCCUAGAAAGGCACCUUGCCGUAUGGGUGCCCGAUGCUCAACCCCAACCCCAUUACUCGGAGGAGGAUAGGGACCGGCUAGAAGCACUCGAGGCACACCAAGAAGGUCAGUGGUGGGUCUUACCAGAUAAUAGGGUGUAUAUUCCCGCUCAUCUGGCCUGGGACAUUGUACGUCAGCUACAUCAGCAAUUGCACUUAGGUAAGACCGCCCUGACGAAGGCACUCAGGAGGGAGGUAUAUAUAGAUAAAGUUAGCAGCAUAGCAGCCAAUGUAUGUGCGCGUUGCGAAAUAUGUGCGGCUAAUAACCCCAGGCAAGGCCCGCAGCCACCAAUGGGCCACCAACCCCGAGGCUGUUACCCCUUUGACUCUUUGAUGGUUGACUUUACCGACAUGCCUCGUUGUGGCCCUUACAAUGCACUACUGGUUAUUGUAUGCACAUACACGGGCUGGCCAGAAUGUGUACCUACUCGCACAAAGAAGGCCACCGAAGUCGCUCGAGCAUUACUUCAUAUUGUAAUACCAAGGUAUGGGUUACCCUCCUGGAUUUCCUCAGACAAUGGUCCGGAGUUUAUUCACAAGGCAACGCAACAGCUAGCGAAGGUACUAGGCAUUACAUGGAAGUUACACUGUAGUUUCCACCCUCCUUCGGGGGGUCGUGUGGAAAGAAUCAAUCGGACAAUUAAAGACAAGCUGGCAAAGAUAUGCCAGGAAACACAUCUCAAAUGGACUGAUGCCCUGACCCUAGCUCUGGUGGUGAUACGUUGUGCACCACGCAAGGAUAUUACGGUCUCCCCUUUUGAGUUAUUGUAUGGCCGAGUCCCUAACUUGGUUAGGUUUGAUAUGCAUGCUACCACAGAUGUAUCUGAUGUUAUUAGGUUACGACAACUCAAGGCCCUUAACGAAAUUAUCCAUAACUUACAAGACUAUGUGUUAACGUGUAAACCUCAGGUUUUGGUAACCUCCCCGCAUAACAUACGUCCAGGGCAGGAGGUCUGGGUUAAGGACUGGAAGUGGGAAACAUUGUCUCCCAAAUGGAAGGGCCCCUAUACUGUAGUCAUGUGUUCUCCCCUUGCUGUUAAGGUAGCGGAGAUUAAAUCGUGGAUUCAUUGGUCUCGGGUUAAAUUAGCCGCACCUGCCUGUUGGAAAGUCGAAUCUCAACCUGAUGUUCCACUCAGGUUGACUUUAAAAAAAGUGAAGAGGACUUUCUCCCCUAGUGGUGACACUCCAGAAGCUGUCCCUCUACCUACGGGAGAUGAAGAGGAACUGCCCUCCCCUAGUGGUGACACUCCGGAAGCUGUCCCUCUACCUACGGGAGUUGAAGACUACCAGAUUCCCGCUACUCCUAUUUCGGAGGGUCUUCCCUGGUGGCUUAGGUCUCGCGCCAGGCUUCCCUAA